AUGUCUAAUAAGAACUUAGAAGUUAAAAGAUCUACCGACACGCAAAUUGUAAAUAAAAUUAAUUCAACGAAGCAAUUAAAUGGUUCCAAAGUGUCUAUUGCAAAAGCAACACCACGUUUACCUGCACAGAAUUUUACUAGUUUAUUGGAACAAGCGCAGAAGAAUGAUUCUUCUGCCGUAGAGCAAUUGUAUAAUGAAUUAGAGUCUUCGUCGAAAUCAAACAAAAAAGUUAUUCCACAACAGCCAAAAAAGGUAGUGUCAGUAGAUGGAUUGGGGGUUACUGCUGGAUUAAACCUUUCUCAUUCUGCUGCUCGAGAAAAGCAGAAAGAACUUAAACAAAAAAGUAAAGUUGAAGCACAAAUGGCUGAACGAGUUGCUUUAAAUUCACAAAAAUCUGUUAAGCCAAACAAAACAAUUAAUACAAAAAUGCCUUCUAACAAUCAAAAAUUAAUAAUUUCUCAAUUUUCUACAACAAAAAAUUAUUCACAACCUUCGACAGAUUCAUCUCAUAAAAAGCUUUCUUCAUUGCCAACAAAUGGACUUGAGAAGCAAGAAUCGUCGAGAAUGAAUGGUCCACCUAUUAACAAAACUAUAACCAAAAAGUAUAUUAUAUUUUAA